UACUGAAUUACAAGCUUGUAGCACGGAUCCAGAUGUUUCAUGACGUCGGUCUCACUAUGUAGUGCGGACUGUCUUUUAAUGAUUCUGCCUCAGCGUCCCUUGGGCUGAGAAAUUCAGACAUGCACCUCCACACUCAAUGCAGCUGUUUCCAUCCGUAAUCAAGGGGAGAAACCCUAUCCUGGCCAGUGGUAGGCUUCCUGCUCUAGCCAUGUGAUUCUCAUCUCAGGGGAGGGGGAUAGGAUAGGGCGGGUCUGGAGAGCUGGGAUACAUCAUUCUGGCCUUCACACCCCUCCCUUCCCUGUCCAUUGGGAGGCAGAAGACAGGAAAUGACUGCCAUGAGUGUGGUAGGACUUUUCACAGAAACAGCAUUUUGUAAUUCAGGCCCCGUACCAUCCACAGAUGUUUUCCUAUCUGACACCAGCCAGGUGCCCUCCCUCCCCUGGUAAUUCUCCUCUCCCCACCCCUUCACAUGACUGCAGCCUUUGGAGUCUCCGCUCCUGGCUGCUGUCCACAUUUCGUUCCUGUCAGAACCCAGGCGUCCUGGCCUCCAACUGAAACCGCUGCCUGUGGCGUCCCCUAUCCUUAGCCCCGUGACUCAGUCCCUCUGAGGGAACCAGCCCUCUUCUUGGCACUCAGGGGCAAGGUGGUGACAUCAGAGUUGAGGGGUAUAAAAGUUCUCAGCCAAAAUAGAAUUGAAGAUACAACCUGACAGUGGCCUGUGACAGGAACCUCUUCGCCUGAUAUCCACAGAUGUCUGGAGGCAGAUUCUCACUGUGUCAAGGCCUACCCACUGACUCCAUGGUGGGCUCUCCUUCCCUUCUGUGGCUUGUGGCCAUGACCACCUCCUUGGUUUCUAAAGCUCAGAUCUUGACCCCCCAAGACUACGAGGAAGAGGAUGAUGAGGCGGUAACCACACUUUCUGUAGCUGUCCCUUGCGACUAUGACCGUUGCCGCCACCUGCAGGUGUCCUGCAAGGAGCUGCAGAAGGUUGGGCCAGUAGCCUGUCUGUGCCCGGGGCUCACCAGGGAGGAUCAGCAACCAGACCCUCCACGGCUGGGAGAAGUGCAGAUCUUGGUAGAGGAAGGCUGCGCUGUUGUCCACUGGUGUGCCCCCUUCUCUCCAGUCAAUCACUAUUGGCUUCUGCUUUGGGAAGGCAACGGCGCUCCACACAAGAGUGGCCCCCUCAAUGCGACGGUUCGAAGAGCAGAGCUGAAGGGACUCAAACCUGGUGGUUCUUAUGUUCUUUGUGUGGUGGCUGCUAAUGACGCUGGUGAGAGCCAAGUUCCUGGAGCAGAUGUUGAGGGUCCUGAGAACUGGGCUGAGCCUUCUUUUGGGCCUUGUCGAAAGCUUAUCAUGCCGCCUAGACCUUUCACCCUGGCCCACGCAGCCGUGGGCGUGGGCACAGCUUUGGCUCUGUUGAGUUGUGCUGCCCUGGUUUGGCAUUUCUGCCUUCGUGAGCGGUGGGGUUGCCCCCGACGUCAAGGUACCACCCAAGAUUCAGAAGCUCUUUGAUGGGAGUCCCACCGACUAGAAACAGCUCUGGAACAUUCCAGCCACAUCUGGAGAGUCCAACCCACUCCCAGGAGGGGUGUGGGGCCUGCAGCCACCUGGCACCAGGACACAGCCAAGUCAGAGCCGAGGCCCAGGCAAUCGGCCUCGGGUCUGAGAGCUUGUUUAGUCCCCAACUAACUGGUCACUAUGCUCCCUGGAGUCUAGGAAGGAGUAGCAGUUAUUCAGGUGUAAAUAAUUUAAACUUAAUGGGCUUGUGGGGGUAAAAUCUCAUACAUCACAUAGGUACUUACAUAUAGUCAGUUAAAAUGGGGCUAUUUAAGGCCCUUCAUGGUGUUCUACAAUUCUAAUCCAGCAUUCUGAAGGCAGAGAGGCAGCCUGAGCUACACAGAAAAUUCCAGGUCAACCCAGAUUAUAUACUGAGACCCUGUCUCUAAAAGAAAAUAAAAUAAAAGUAAAAACCAACAAAGAAGGGAAAGAGAGAAAGACGGUUCAGUAGUUACAGGGUACUGGCUACUCCAGAGGUCACAGUUUUAGUCCCAGCGCUCACAUGGCAGCUCACAACCAUCUGUAACUCCAUUUCCAGGGGAUCCAAAAUCUACUACUGACCUCUGACAGCAACAGGCAUGCACACACGCUUGCACAAGCGUGCGCGCGCGCACACACACACAUACACACGCAAACACACGUGCAGGCAAAAAACUCAUACACAUAAAAUAAAGUUUGAAAAUGUCAACUGUCCAUAGCUCAUAGGCCUUCCACGGCAAGUGGCAGGCCAGGUUCAGGCUGCUGGCUGGAGUUUGCAAGUAACACAUUCUCAGAAGUGUUCUGUAACUAUGGGUGGCUGACACACAUAUUUUGAGAAUAAGCUUCUGUAAGGUAGGAGUUGAGACUGGAGCUGUGCCCUUCUCCUACCUUCUGUUUUGUUACUAAGGAGGAGCCUGCUCAGAGUUCAACUGUGUCUGGGGAAACUGAGGAUUAAGGAUCAGCAUGAGCUGGACGAGACAGACGGCCCAAGCUGCAGUCUACACAAGUGAGUGUUUUUGUUAGUUAUUAAUAAUUUAUACCAAUGACUCCCCUCACAUUUGUGUAAUUGUUUAUCCACUAAUAAUAUUAAAG